GGAGGGUUUGAGUAGGGCGCCGGGGGGGACGGAGCUGCGGGAAUGUAUCCAUCUCCGGCAUGGCGAGCAGGGAAUGCGUAGCGGAUCGUCGCGCGCUUGGCUGAAAUUUUGUGGCUUCGAGCAUGGAAUCGGGUAGGGAUCGAGCUCUUUUGCUGGCGCUGGCUGUCGCGGGCGGCUUCGCAGCGGGGACAGCAGCGGCCAUGACGGCUACGACGUUCCCGUAUCUCUUUGGGGCCGCCUUCGCCGCCCUGAGAUCUAAGCGGAAGAGGGAGCUGCGUGAGCAUCGGCAUCGCUACAAGUCGGACAAGGUGAAGAGAUUGUCUGGGAAGCCCAAAGAGGGCAAGGCUUACAGGGACGCCAUUCGCAAGUCAAUUGCCGAGUGGAAGGAUAUCGACGUCGAGCUCGACAAUUUUCCAUACUUUCUCAAUGAGAGUACCAAGACAGCGUUGCUGGAUUCACUCUACGUCUAUCUAAAGAGACCGGAGUUUGUGAAAUUCACGUCGGAGCUAGCGUCUGUGAGCCCCCGGAUACUGUUGACAGGACCUCCAGGCUCGGAAAUCUUUCAAGAAACACUUGUCAAGGCUUUGGCUCAGAAGCUCCAGGUGAACCUGCUUAUCUUCGACAGUGCCAGCAUUUGUUUGGAGGCUAACGAACUGACGCCGGAGCCCGUAAGCGUCUCGGAGGAGACCGUGGAAAGUGAUGAGGUGACCAUUCAAAUUGUAGAUGGUGAAAAUGUGGAUACGAAAGAGGUGCUGCAGGAUGGUGUCAACGGCGUGGCUCCGCCAUCUAUACUCGAUACUGUACCCCAAGAGAACAGCAAGCCACCGAAAUCAGUUAGCUCACCCACGAGAACCAAAACCUCCGAGGCAGUCGAGCUACCUUUACCGAGUUCUAGAUCGAAAGAUCAGGCAAAGGAUUUGGCGACAUCACUAAUGAGCGCGGGAGGGGCAACGACACAAGUGGUAGAAUCAUCACGACGAGCGUUGAAGAAAGGCGAUCGAGUAAAGUUCGCUGGCCCUACGUGUCCUGCAACUCCUUCCGGCCUAGCUGUUUUAGUCAGUGGAAGCUCGAACGGAAGCAAAGGACCGUCCAUUGGGGCGAGAGGACGUGUGCUGCUAGUACUCGAAGACAAUCCAAGCAAGGUUGGCGUGCGGUUCGAUAAACCAGUUUACGGUGGCAACAAUCUGGUAGAUCUAUGCGAGGAUGGACACGGCUACUUUUGCAGCGUUUCAGAGCUUCGGUUGGAACAUUCUUCUGGAGAGGACGUAGAUAAGCUGAUACUCGACUCUUUAAUUGAGGUUCUGGUUUCGGAAGCUUCUAAAGUGCCGUUGAUUUUACUUAUUAAAAACGUGGAAAAAUCUAUAAUGGGGAACUUUGAGCGGUACAUGAAGCUGGAAAGAUUGGAAAAGGCCGAUGUGAAGCUUGUAAUCAUUGGAUCUCACACAUCUGACCACCAUAAGGACAAGGGGAGCUCUGGUUCAUAUCAUUCGAAUUCCAAGAUGGGUAACAAUUUUACGGCGUUCCUCGAUAUGUCUUUACUGGAUCAUCUUUCUACGCGAGCUGAAGACUAUAAACCAGAUGGUUCCAAAUGCUCUAGGAUGCUUGCUAAACUGUUUCCUAGUAAAAUAUAUGUGCAGCAACCACAGGAUGAAAAUAUGUUACUCGUGUGGAAUCGUCAACUCGAACAGGAUACGGAGAGGCUGAAAGCGGAAGCGAACAGACAACUUCUGCGAAUUAUUAUGUCCACAUCCAAUGUUGAGUGCAACGACUUGUCAACAAUCAACAUCCAGACUCAUUUAUUGACACAUGAUAUGGCCGAGAAGGUGGUCGGAUGGGGGAUUAGCCAUCAUUUACAGCAUCAUGUAGAGCCUCUACAUCGAAACGGCAAGAUCGUCAUCAAAGCGGAGAGUUUGGAGCAUAGUCUAGCAGAGCUCCAAGCAAUUCAAAGAGGGUCUACUCAGCGUAAAAAGACUCUCAAGGAUGUAGUUUGUGACAAUGAGUUCGAAAAGAUUUUACUGCCCGAAGUCAUACCACCAGAUGAGAUUAGAGUAACUUUUGAUCACAUUGGUGCUUUGGAUAAUGUGAAAGAGACCCUACGCGAGCUGGUGAUGCUUCCAUUACAACGGCCAGAGUUAUUCGUCAAAGGCCAACUUACGAAGCCUUGUAGGGGCCUACUCUUAUUUGGUCCUCCAGGAACUGGUAAGACCAUGCUUGCUAAGGCGGUUGCUACAGAGGCUGGUGCAAAUUUCAUCAAUAUUUCAAUGUCCACAAUUGCAUCUAAAUGGUUUGGUGAGGCGGAGAAAUAUGUCAAGGCAGUAUUUACUUUGGCCAGCAAAAUCUCGCCAAGCGUGGUGUUCAUUGACGAGGUUGAUAGCAUGUUGGGUAGAAGAGGUAAAGACCACGAGCAUUCAGCCAUGCGGAAGCUGAAGAACGAAUUCAUGGCUAGCUGGGACGGAUUAAGAACGCGUGAGAAGGAAAGGGUCAUUGUACUGGCAGCAACAAAUCGUCCAUUCGAUCUGGAUGAAGCUGUCAUACGGAGAUUUCCGCGAAGGUUGAUGAUUGAUGUUCCUGAUGCCGAGAACCGUGCGAAAAUUCUCAAAGUUAUACUUAGUGACGAGGAUCUUUCCCCCGAUUUUAACAUGGAGGAAGUGGCAGCGGCGGCAGAUGGGUAUUCCGGGAGCGAUUUGAAAAAUCUGUGCACAACGGCGGCCUACAUCCGGAUACGAGAACUCUUGGAACAAGAAAAGAAGGAGAUGGAGAAAGCGAAAGCCCAAGGGGUUGAGAAGCCGGCAGCUCCAACCGGAGUCACGCCCUACAUUCGUCCAAUCUCAAUGGCUGACAUGCGGCACGCAAUGGAGAAGGUUCGAUCAAGCGUGUCCUCGGAUGCUGGUAUCAUGGGAGAGUUGCAGCAAUGGAACGAGCAGUACGGUGAAGGGGGCACUCGGAAGAAGGCGACACUGACGUACUUUAUGUGAAAGCACGGUUUGGAGAAGAGAGACAAUUUUUAUUUGUGUAAAACUAUCUCACAGGCGAUUUGUUGUUAAUACUAUGGAGGAAUACAUUUAAGCGUAAGUGAUUGAA